CGGAGAGCACGGGCCACGCACGGGCCACGCGAUUACUCGGCUCGGGCCUACCAGUCAGCGACGGACAGAGCUAGCCCGUGCGGCAGCGAGCGGCCACGUAGGCGCAGGAUACGCCUGGCCUGGGGCGCGCGCGCCGCGGGGGGCGUGGACGCGGCUGCUUGGGCGGGUGACGCUGCCCGUGCCAGCAUGCAGCUGCAAUGGCUGAUGCAGCCCUGAUGCAGGCCACCCAGCUUUUGGGUUCAAGAGUGAAAAGGAAGGCCAGCCCUUGCAUUCAUCGCGGCUAGCCUCGUUGCCAUUUCCUUGUCUUCUAGCCCAAUCUGUUCAUGCACAUUGCCCCUUAAUUACACAUUCACUAGUACUAGUUCAACUCCAUUUUCACUUUCCAAACGUCUCAUAACCCAAUUGUAUAUGAAUGUCGUUUGUUUCUUGUAUUGAGCCAUCUCAAACUAGAUCAAAUUUGGCCAUUCCAGCAUGAAAAACUUUUUUCUUCAAAAUCUAUUCGAGUAGAAAGAUCGAAUUUGCCUGGCAGUGAGAAAGCCACAUGAGCUUUCCAAUAGUGUCCCCAGCACCUACCCAAGUGCAGACUAAAAAAAAAAUCACCACACGUCCUAAAGAUUCAGGUUCAGACAGGCUGCUUAUUUGAAUGCGGUAACCAGGCAGCGAAUUUUGCCUCAUGCUCGCGCACUUGCGCGGGAAUCUGAUGGCGGGACUAAAGCAUUUGUCAUUGGUGUCACCAAAGGCAUUUCCUUUCUUUUAUCCCCAUCCAGUCACCCUGACGUGGUUCUUGAUUCCUCGGUGCCUAUUCUAUUGCACACCAGUGGCUCUAGUUGGAUUCUUUCCGGCAAUAAUUCGUUCGACCAUUGCCUGUGGCUGCUGCUUGAUCUGAAUCCCAAUUCCCACAUCGCAACCACGCAUAUAUUAUUGCCCUUGGCUGGCACUUUCUUCGUCGCCGAUUUGUUCGAGCAGAAGAGUAUCUCGCUGGUGCGUUCUGAGGUGAUCGAUGGCCUUAUAGUGAUGUAGUAGUCUAUGGUCUAGAGGCUAGAGCAGAGAUGGUCCAACCACCAUUGUUAAUUCGCCUAUUGCUAUGAUAAUACCAAUUGAGUGGUUUUAUAAAUAGAAGCACAAGGCCCCGGUUCGGAUUUCCGAUUCACAGUUGCGCUCUUCUGUUUCCCUAAAAAAGAAAUUUAAGUGUUCCCUCUUCAAUUCUGCACAUUUGUAUCUUCAUAUCGGUGUCUCAAUUCCUAUGAAGUUCAGGACAUGCAGGAUAUCUAAAAGUGCAGCUCAGGCUUAGCUUUUAACUGAAGCCUUCAAAUAUUUCCGGUGAAGAGGAACUUCGAGGCCGGCUGAAAGAAGAAUCUAGUGAAAGUGGAAGGAUUCAUCGGAAUCGGCUCGCAAGAUGCUGCCGUACUUCGAUCCGGAGUACGAGAACUUCAACCAACGCAUCAACCCUCCCCGGGUAUGCAUUGACAACACCACAUGUAGUGACUGCACCUUAGUGAAGGUUGACAGCAUGAACAAGAAUGGCAUUCUGCUGGAGGUGCUGCAGGUCCUGAGCGAUCUCGACCUCCACAUCUCGAAAGCGUACAUUACCUCGGAUGGUGGAUGGUUCAUGGAUGUGUUUCAUGUGGUGGACAAGCAAGGACAGAAGGUGACUGACGAGAAGACCAUUAAGUACAUCGAGAAGGCUUUAGGUCCAGAGAGCAAUUUGCUUGGCGCAAACGGCAGCAACUCACCGGGAAGAUCGGUCGGGAUGCACUCGAUCGGAGACCACACCGCCAUCGAGCUGAAGGGGCCCGACAGGGCCGGCCUCCUGUCGGAGAUAUUCGCAGUGCUCGCCGACCUGCAGUGCAACGUCCUGGCCGCCGAGGUAUGGACGCACCGGACGCGCGUCGCCUGCGUUGUGUACGUGAACGACGUCGCCACGGGCCAGGCCAUCGACGACCCGCGCCGGCUGUCCCGGAUCGAGGACCGGCUGCGGCACGUGCUCCGCGGGUACGGCGGGGGCGACGACGACGGCCGCGGCACGCACGCCAACUUCGCCGUCGGGUCGACGUCGCACCACGUGGACCGGCGGCUGCACCAGCUCAUGAACGCCGACGUGGACUUCGACGGCGUCGGCGACGGCGCGGUGGUGGCGGGAGCCGGCGACCGCGACGGUGACCCGGCGGCGGGCAGGCCGGCGGUGACCGUGGAGCACUGCGAGGAAAAGUCCUACUCGGUGGUGAACGUCAAGUGCAAGGACCGGUCCAAGCUGCUGUUCGACAUCGUGUGCACGCUCACGGACAUGCAGUACGUCGUGUUCCAUGCGGCCGUGUCGUCUGAGGGCACCUACGGCAUCCAGGAGCUGUACAUUCGUCGCAAGGAUGGUAAAACGCUUCUGAAACACGAAGCAGAGAAGGUGAUCAGGUGCAUCGAAGCAGCGAUCUCGAGAAGAGUAUCCGAGGGCUUCACCCUGGAGCUGUGCGGCAGGGACCGGGUGGGCCUGCUGUCGGACGUGACGAGGGUGCUCCGCGAGCACGGCCUGACGGUGACCCGGGCCGACGUGACGACGGUGGGGGAGCAGGCCAUGAACGUCUUCUACGUCCGCGACCCCUCGGGCCAGCUGGUGGACAUGAAGACCAUCGAGGGUCUCAGGGGGGAGGUCGGCCAGACCGUCAUGCUGAAUGUCAAGAGGGUGCCUGGUACCGUCGCCAAGGCGCCGGAGCCCGCCGGCGGCCUUGCCAGGACCAGCUUCUUCUCCUUCGGCAGCCUCCUCGCCAAGCUCCGGGCCUGAUCCAUGAUCGAUUCCAUUGCCGAUUCCGAUUGUGUAAUUGAUGUAGAGAUGAACUGAACUAGAGUAGGGGGGAGCAAGGGGGAGAUAUGGAUGUGGCAGAUGUGGUUGUACAGUUCAUAAGGAGCUCUACCAGGGUACAAGGUACCAGACUGGUGGUUCUGUUCAUUGCAGGCUGCAGACUGCUUGUUGAGGUGCAUAAGUGCAUUUUGCUAUCUGGUCAUCUGAAUUCUGAUCUGCAUCAUUUUGCAUUCAAUAUGCUGUAACAUGUAGAAACUCAAAUGAUCAUCUCGUCAGCUAGCUCGACAUUUCAGUCUUUGGCUC